CACAAGGGCGUCCGCAUACCGAGUUGGAGGUCACUGAGCAUUCAUUCAGCGAUAAGCGGAUGUAGAGAACUCUGCCCAGUUGAUUGUCGACCGAUCAGGGACUUGAGGACAUUACACACAAGUGCCAGGAAAAAUGGAUGUAGCCGUGGACGAAUCACCGCCCACCGGGCUCGGCUUGAGACGGCAGCAGCUUCGACAGACGGGUCCAUGUGAAAUUUAUAAGCAGGCAACCGAGCAAAUGAAUCGCCCUACGUUACGGUCGGUGAUGCUCAAGGUCGCCUUCCCAUUUGCUCUACUCAAUUUCGGAGCUUCAGUGCUCCUCACUUCCAGGAUCCCCAAUGAACCUUCAUGGCAGGUUUUGAUGGCCGUCACAGCUCUGGGACUGGCAACCUCUUGUCUCGAUCUCUUAGUCGUGGCUGCCACGUUCUUCACAGUGGGACGCCAGUACCGGGGAGAGAAGGUGACGCUGCAGGAAGCUCUCCGAGCUAUGCUGGGCUUGUGGCCAAAAUUGUUCGUCAACAAUCUUUAUAGCACGGGCUUCAUGUUCGCCGUAUUCAUGGUGAGUCUAGCCGCGGCCAUGACCAUCAUCUUUACCGCCUCCUCCGAUGCUGUCAAGUAUUUCGCUUUCGUUGUGAUCGCCUUGGUCCUCAUCAUUCUGGUGGUUGCGAUCCAAACUUUGUCCAUCUUUGCGACCGCAGUUACCUGCUAUGAAAAGACUUAUGGCUGGGCUGCUUACAAGCAAGCGCAGAAGCUCCUGCAGCGCAAAUGGAAUUCGGUACCGCUCUUCGCGCUCAUAUUUUAUGUUCCCGUAUGGAUCACCGGCACCUUUACUUCAUAUCUCUUGAAGGAAUUCCCGGAAACCUCUUUAUGGAUGGAACUGUUCAGGAUAGUUUCGUAUGCUAUCGUGAUCACAUUGUUUGAUCAGCGGUUACUAGUUUCGGGUGCCCUAUUCUACUUCUCCUGCUUUGAGAAACCCGACGAGCAGAAUGUGAGUGACAGCAUGGAAGCUGGGUAUCACUCAAUUGCCUCACAGGAGGUUUAGGUGCCAGAAUACAAAUGGUGUCCGAUUCGUCAUUUCCUUUACAGAUAGAGAGCUCACAUCGUACACGUUCUCAAGCACGCAAAUAUAAGAACUUGGCAUUUGCAAGCUCGAGGACGAGUUCUUCAAAUGUCCACUUGUAUUCUGUCUAAGCUUGUAUACAAGACCUCUAGUCAUACGUGGACGAUAAGGAACAAUAAGAAUUGAACAAAUUCUCAUAGUACAUUCAGCGGCAAAUUUUCAAAAGUUACGUGAUUUGGAGACAAUC